AUGGCUAGUCAAUAUAUUGAUGAAAUAGCGCCAGACGUAAUAACACCUCAUGAUAAUGACACAACGGCCGAUGAACCCGUAAAGCAUUUAGAUACAGUCAUUGCUUUAUAUGAUUUCCCAGGAACUCAACCUUCACAUUUACCUUUGAAUUUAGGUGAUACCAUAUAUGUUCUAUCAAAAUCAGGGACUGGAUGGUGGGAUGGGGUUCUCAUGGGUGCAUCUGGAGAGUGGCAUCGAGGAUGGUUCCCACAUAAUUAUGUCAGAUCUGUUAACUAUGUUCAACCGGUUUUGAACAAGCUUAAAGACAAUAAAGAAUUAGAUUCAAUUACAGCAGCAAAUACAGCAGCAAAUGUUUUAAUUCCAUCAUUUACAAAUCUUUUACAGAAAAAUUUGGGUGAUUCUGAAAAAAAUAGCCCUGCCAAUUCCACAAGAAAGAACUCAGUGGUAAGUUUUGCUAGUUCAGAAACUAGUAUUCCAUCCGAUUCAAAGUAUAGUCAACAACAACAACAACAACAACAACAGCAACAACAACAUCUACAUGCUUCGCAUCAAUAUCAUCAACCUCAAGCUCAUGAUUCUAGUACUCUCGAUACCCAGGGCGCAAGAGAUUCAACCGUGACAGUCGAUACUGUAGAACUUGAUACUCCCACGUUUCAGGACUCAUCUAUAUCACAUACAUUACCAGCAAACGAUUUGAAUGAAGAAAUUACUCCGGUUGAAGUUGAGGAAGCAGAAAGAUUAAUUCAAGAGUAUAAAGAAAUUCAUCACCACAGCCUUACUUGGAUUCCUCGAAUUACAACGAAAGGUGACUAUAUCUUUUACUGUCAACAAUUGAAUACAUACUGCAGUACAAUUCCGAUGUCCCAUUUUGAUGUGAAUGACAUGUCUCCAAAUUUUCAAUACCCAGAUAACGAAACCAUUACUGACGCCUCAAUUAUUCAAAUACAAGGUUCACAACAGCGUAGUGAUAGUAUGCUAAGUCAGAGAGCUGGCUCAUCAACGAAUUUUGAAGCCUUAAAACGUGACUCACACUCAUCAGUGGCAACCCAGAGUUCUGGAUCGUCUUACCAUCAUUUCAACAGACCUUUCUUUUCUAUGGAUAAUUUGUUUUACAAACAUAUCACGGACGUUAGCAAUUGGACUAAAUUAAGAGAUGAAUUCAAUUAUCUUUUAGAUUUGACUACAAAAUCUUUGAAGGAACAGAAUAGGCAAUUGUUUGGAACACAUUUUGCAAGAUUAAAUAAGUUACUAUCAAUAGUGCUUUCUUCUUCAAGAUUAAAUCAAGAUGAUUUUGUUGAUACAAAGUAUGAAGGAUCUGUGAGGCGUAAGUUGAAAAGGAUAGGUGCAUGCUAUUCUCAGAUUUAUAUAAACGGAAUCUUACAUUUAAGUAUAUUACAUCAUUCCCUAGGGUCAACUGAUGAUCAAUUGUUCACUUUCAACAUAUCCAAGUUAAAUAAAUCUGCCGCUAGUUGCAAUGCUUCACCUAUGUCGUCAGUCGCCGCUGGUGUACACGGAACGGGAGAUGACGCAAAUUUCUACGAUAAGUUAGAGGGAAUCAAGCUUGGAGAAGACGGAAAUAGAGAUGAUUUUGUGACGUAUAUGGAUCAAUUGGAUUUUGAAAUCGAGAAAUUGAGGAAAAAUAUGAAUGCUCUAAUAAAGAUUUUCCUUAAAUUAAGUCGUGGGAAAAGAGUAAAACGGUCCGAUUAUGACUCGUCUGAUGCAUCUGAAGAUGAAGGUGACGAUAGAUACGAUAUAUUGCCUCAAUCAUAUCCAAGAUUUCUCAUGGAUGAGUUUAAUGGAGGUAAUUGGUGUAAUCCAUUUUUUACAACAAACAAUCCUGUACUAAACGUCAGUGGUGACGAUCUAAAGAACAGAUAUCAUACAAAGAUUGUGGUAGACCAUCAAGCAUAUGAUUCUGUAUAUCAAUAUAUGGAAGAAAUGAUCAAAUUGAGUAAUGAAGCAUUGCAAUUCCUUGAUCCGAAAGUUCAGGAUUUAGACUAUUAUAAUGAAUCGUUGAAGAAUGAUAGAGAUACACAAAUUUUGCGAUUAAUUUAUAAAUAUCUUUAUAAUUCCAGCUCCAUGAUUGAUAUAGUGGAGUCGUUUGAUUUUACUGUUUUCUGUCUAAUUAAGAGAUAUGCUUCCAAUGAAGAGAACGAGCCAGGGGAUAACUCAAAUAUAGGAUCUUCAGAUGAUAUAACAAAGAUGCAAGAUAGCCCAUCUGUCAACUCGAAGUUGACUUUUGAUUAUCCAGUUGUUCUAGAAUUUUUUUACUUGAAGCAAGAGUUUCAUGAUUUGAUUCUCAGGAUCAUGAUGGCCACACAGUCUUUGACUUUAGAAGAUCCGGAAGUAUUCAAGGGCUUGAAAGAUGAAGAUCCCUUGUUUUACAAUCGUGAUAUCUUGAAAGCACCCACAGAAAAGGCCGCGUUGUUGUUAUCGAACAUUCUCUUGGAAAAAAUCAACCAUAGGAAGGGAGAAGCAAUUUCCCUCAAUCCAGACACGCUAUUAUCAGAUUAUUUGUCGGAUGGAAUUAAACUAUGCGACAAGAUGUUGACCAUUAUUCAGCAAUUGAUUGAAGAAAGAGACACUAUCUUGAAUUAUGCAACAAGAGUAAUGCACGAUGAUUUUGAUGUUCAGCUAUUAGUGAUGGAACGUAAUAACACCAUGCUGACUGAAAAAUCUGAAGAACAUUCAUAUUACAGCGGUGGACACAAAAAAGAAGCCGAUGUGGCAUGGUAUCUUGAAGGUGACGACGAAUAUGAUUUAUUGUUAGAUGUUAAGGGAAACAUCAAAGGAGGAAGUAAAGAAGCCCUUGUGGCACAUUUGACCCAUCAUGAUAUGUUUGACAGUUCGUUUAAUCAAGUAUUUUUGUUGACCUUUGCGUCUAUGAUGUCGUUGGGUGAGUUAAUUGUAUUGUUGAUCAGUAGAUUUGAUUUAGAAGCUCCCGAGGGGUUAAGUUAUGAAGAAUAUAACAUAUGGAUUUCCAAGAAACAAAACCCCAUUCGAUUGAGGGUAAUGAAUAUAAUGAAGUUAUUAGUGGAGAAGCAUUGGUCAAAGUCAUACUACAAUGAGCAAAUCAUAAAGCAGUGGUUGGCUUUUGCCCGAUCAGCCCCUGUUCAAUCGUAUUCCAUUGGAAAGAUGUUGGCUAAUGAUCUAAACAAGUUGUUAAAUGGACAGCAGGUUUAUGUCGAGAGAGAACCAGUUAUACCUGACUUAAAACCACCAGCUCCAUUAACAAAAGGGUCAUCUUUAGGAAGAAAAGUCCGAUUAUUGGAUAUUGACUAUGUUGAAUUAGCAAGACAGUUGACUUUACGUGAAUUUAGAUUGUAUUGCAAAAUAACCAAAUUUGCAUGUCUAGCAAAAGUCUGGGGAAAGAAAUCUGGGUUGAAUGAGAACAUUGAUAGCAUUACUGCGUUUAUUAAGGCUUCUAAUCAGCUCACUAAUUUUGUUGCAUAUAUGAUCUUGAGAAAGCCCGAUCCUAAAAAGCGUGUUCAGAUUAUCCGUUAUUUCAUCCAAGUGGCAGAAAAGUGUAGGCAGUACAAUAACUUUUCAUCCAUGACCGCCAUUAUUUCGGCUUUGUAUUCUUCUCCAAUCCAUCGAUUAAGGAAAACAUGGAAAUAUGUCAGUGCUGAUUCGUUGUCUCAAUUGCAAAAUAUGAAUAAGUUAAUGAAUUCUUCAAGAAACUUUAAUGAAUAUCGAGAUGUACUAAAAUUCAUUGGGUCUGAACCUUGUGUUCCAUUUUUUGGGGUUUACUUGUCUGACUUGACAUUUGUUUAUCAUGGUAAUCCAGACUGCUUAAUCAAUAGAACCCGGAUGAUAAACUUUGCCAAACGUGCAAAAACUUGUGAAAUUGUUAGUGGGAUUGAUAGGUUCAAAACCAUUGGCUAUAAUUUUACAGAAGUGAAUGAAAUUCAACGGUACCUUGAUGGUUGGUUUGAAAAAUGCCCUCCCAUUGAAGAACAAUAUCAAAUCUCGUUGAAUUUGGAACCUAGAGAGCAAGUCAAUAGCACUAGUGGGAUCGCUUCUGGUGCUACUGCUGGUAAUUCCAAUACAAAGAAUUCGCGAUCCGUAUAA